AUGGUUCCCAGACAAGAGCAACACGCUCGACCACCACCUGCACCACGUUUAUGGUCGCGUCUGUCGAUUCUGUCAAAACGCUCUUUUCGCUCCUUCACCUCGGACUUUGAGGCCGAUGACGAACGUUCCGACACAGACUCGGAAUACGACAGAAUGAGCGGCAGCAGUAGUGACGGCUUCCUCCACGGCCCAGGUCGUUACAAAAGCGAAGACCUUCGCCCCACGAGCCAGAAAGAGCUGUCUGGUUGGUAUGCCUACGCCUUCGCUGCCGAAACCUAUGUCAUCUGCGCUAUUGGUUCCUUCAUCCCGAUCCUACUCGAGACCCUCGCGCGCGAAAAUGGCGUCCUUCUGUCCGAUAAAACGACCCCAUGUGGUACGAGCGACUCGAAAAACAAAACUGAUGGACAAUGCGUCGUAUAUCCUCUGGGUAUCGAGAUCAACACGGCGAGUUUCGCCAUGUACACGUUCUCCAUCAGUGUUCUGCUGCAGGUCCUCCUCGUUGUGAGCGUCAGCAGCGCUGCAGAUCACGGCAACUCGAGAAAGAAGCUCCUGCUCACGUUCGCAUGGGUUGGAAGUUUCUCCGUCAUGGCCUACAUCUUUGUCAACAAGACCACGUAUCUCCUGGGUGCUCUAUUGGCCAUUAUAUCCAACACUUGUUUCGGUGCCUCGUUUGUGCUCCUUAACUCGUUCCUGCCGCUGUUGGUCCGGCAUCAUCCAGAGGUGAUUGCUUCCGAAACUGUCCACACUCCCGACUUGGGACACUCGGAUCUGGAGUCGCGACCUCUUAAUGGUUCCUAUGUCGACGAAGACUCCGCCGCUGAUGACGUUGAAGACCAGAAUUCGGCUUUGCUCGGUGGGCAUGGAAAUGGAAACGGAAAUGGAGGAUACCCAUUGGUUCGCCAAGCCACGCACGAGGAGCUCACAUCAGUCGAGCUCCAACUGUCGACUCAGAUUUCCGCCAAGGGCAUUGGUAUUGGCUAUAUUGCAGGACUAUUCGUGCAGUGUGUCGCCAUCGCCAUAGUGAUCGCACUGAAAAACACGACUUGGUCGCAAAGAGUCGCAUUGUCCUUCUGCGGCCUUUGGUGGGCAACAUUCACGAUCCCUGCUGCCAUGUGGCUCCGCCCUAGACCAGGUCCACCAAUGCCCACCACAUCAGGCAAAGGAAUCCGAGCGUGGCCGACCUAUGUGGUUAUGGCUUGGAAAUCGUUAUUCAACACUGUCCGGCUGGCCCGACGCCUAAGAGACAUUGUGCUAUUCCUGUGCGCAUGGUUUUUGGUCAGUGACGCGAUUGCGACGACGUCUUCCACGGCCAUAUUGUUCGCCAAAACGCAACUCCAUAUGAAGCCUUGGGCCUUGGGUAUGAUCAAUGUUAUUUCCACUAUAGCUGGUGUCAUCGGUGCCUUCAGCUGGGCAUUUAUUUCUCGCAAGUUUAGCUUGAAGCCACAUCAGACGAUCCUCGUCUGCAUCGGUCUUUUUGAGCUCAUUCCUAUUUACGGACUUCUCGGGUACUUGCCGAUUGUACAGAGAUGGGGCGUUAUUGGACUGCAGCAGCCGUGGGAAAUGUACCCCCUUGCUGCGGUGUACGGGCUGGUGUUGGGAGGCUUGAGUUCGUACUGUAGAUCACUCUAUGGCGAGUUGAUCCCUGAGGGCAGUGAGGCUGCCUUCUACGCUCUGUACGCUGCCUCCGACAAAGGAUCGAGUGUAUUUGGACCUGCGAUUGUUGGAGCCAUCAUCGAUCAAUCCGGCGACAUUCGGCCGGCGUUUUGGUUCUUGGCGGCACUGGUCGGACUUCCGGCGCCUCUCAUCUGGAGUGUAAACGUGGAGCGUGGCAAGCGGGAGGGCCAGAAACUUGCGGAGACUAUUGAGGGAUUCAAGGCUCUACAGGGAGAAACCGGCAGUGAGACAGAGGACAGCGACGACCGGCCGAUCCUCAGCGCAUAUGACGAUGAGGAGGAAGUCGUCGAACAUGAGCACAACCGGCCCAGGGAUAAUUAA